GAUUAUUUCUAGGAAACAUAGCAGUCAUGGUGAAUUUACCACAAGUUGUGCGUGAUCACUGGGUCCACAUCUUUGUUCCCUUGGGAUUUGUGAUUGGAUGCUAUUUGGACAGAUGGAAUGAUGAAAAACUGUCAGCUUUCAGAAACAAGAGCUUAUUAUAUAGAAGGGAGUUGAAGCCUGGUGAAGAAGUGACAUGGAGAUAAGAGCUGCCGAUGAAAAUGAAGACAUUUUUGUUUGAUUCAUCAUCUUAUCUCACAUGUUGAAAGAACAGGAUUAUGAUUUUUACCCUGAGAGCAUACCACAGAAACGGACACCUGCAUUUCCUCAGUGCUAGUUCAAUUUCCAAUGUUACUUUUUGAAGUUGAUUUAAUUACAUGACUAAUAGGUGUCCGGGAAUUCCAUUAGUCCAUAAGUGUUGAGAACAUUUUGUCCUGUACUCUGGAAGUGAGAAGGAAGAAUUAUGUAAUAAAGAAAAACUAUGCAAAAAUAA